CCAGUCCACACCACUUGCCGUCCCCCUUCCUCUUCCUCUUCCUCCCACCUCUCUUUCUGAACUCUGCCGGCUCUCCCUCGAACUCAUCGAAUCCUACAUGCAGAACGCCGAGGGGCCGUCACCGGAGCCCGCCGAUCGCGCUGUGAGAUUCCCCCUGCCGAGCGUUGCCCUCCUCCCCUGAGAUCCUUCUUCUACCUCCAUUUCUAGCAUGGUUCUGGCACCGGAUCAGGAUGGCGGUGCCCAAGCUACACCUGGCCUUAAUUCGCGAAGGCCAAACCUUUCGUUGCAAAUACCAGCCAGGACCUUGGAUACCAGUAUACCUACUUCGACAAGAAUUAAUAUUUCCUCGAGCCCCAGUUCAACAAGAGCUGGUUUGCCACCAAGACCUAAUUCAACGAGAACAAAAUCAUCUAUCAAGAACAUCAUGCCUCAGCACAGUUUCAGGGCAAGGAGUUCAGCCCAGGAAGGUGAUCGGGUGAUCCUUCUGAAUCCUGGGAUACCAUCUGAAGGCCAGCAGGAUAACCCAAGUACAGCGAGAUCGUUUUCUUUUAGAAAGGUUAUCAACUCUUUAUCGGCAAAACGGACACAUUCUCUGCCAGUCACGCCUGUUGGAACUAACGACAAGGUUUCUUCUCCAGCAAAUCAAUUAGAGAGCCUGCCAACUACAUCUCAGAAUCAAGAAGUCGAAGCAAAAAUCAGGCGUUCGCUUUCAGUCCCAGGAAAUCGCAAAAACAGAAGUUUGAGAAGGGCGGAUUCAUUAGGUGUCAUUCGUGUGAUUCCAACAACCCCACGACCUGUUCCAGUCGAUGCAACGACAUCAAACGAUGUCAUUGAAGAAACAGUUAAUGUUCCUGAAGAUGGAGGCGAAGAUAUUCCUGAAGAAGAGGCAGUCUGCAGAAUUUGUUUUGUUGAACUCAAUGAAGGAGGGGAAACACUUAAAAUGGAGUGCAGCUGCAAAGGAGAACUUGCCCUUGCACACCAAGAUUGUGCUGUCAAAUGGUUUAGCAUCAAGGGAAACAAGAUCUGUGAUGUCUGCAAACAAGAAGUUCAGAAUCUUCCUGUGACUUUAUUGAGGAUACCAACUCAAACUUCAAACAGACGGAUAGCGAAUGCUGCUCAGCAGAGAGCAGCUCAACAAUACAGAUUUUGGCAGGACAUUCCAAUUCUGGUGAUGGUUAGCAUGCUUGCGUACUUCUGUUUCUUGGAACAACUUCUGGUAACGGAUUUGCAGUCACGUGCACUGGCAAUUUCAUUGCCUUUCUCAUGUGUGUUGGGCCUCCUUUCUUCCAUGAUAGCAUCCACUAUGGUGUCAAAGAGCUAUCUAUGGGCCUAUGCUUCAUUCCAGUUUGCUAUUGUCAUCUUGUUUGCUCAUAUCUUCUACAACGUGCUGAGAGUGAAUCCAGUCCUUGCAGUCCUACUCUCCUCAUUCACUGGGUUUGGAAUUGCUAUUAGUACAAACUCUCUGCUAGUAGAGUAUUUGAGGUGGAGAGCUAGGAGGAAUCAGCGUUUAGCCCAGCAGGCUGUCAGUGCUGCGCAGCAUCCAGAAUCUGGUAGUAAUGGUGCAAAUGAUGAUAAUGGUGACAGGCAGCAAGGGCAUGAUCCCAAUUCUGGGAACAAUGCUGUUUGAUGAUUCAGAUUACAAAGUUUUACGGGUGUGCAGCUGUUUAUUUUAUCUGUACAGUAGUUAUAGCUGAUUGGACUUGGGUACCGCAAUUGCAAGAACAGAAACCUGAAAAAACAUAUCUUCACGUCGACAGCAUGUGAGGCUAUAUGGCCACAUGGAGAGUUCAAGAGUGGUUACGGUUAUCUUUACACAACACGCAGAGAUGAACCAACUAUGCAAUGUUCAUGCUAUUAGUCUAGUAGUUUGACAUCAGAUAUGGUUUCUUCAUUGUAAAUUUAGUAGAUCGGAUAGUACAAAGUACAUCACUGAAGUGAGGGCUGCUUGCAGUUGUGAUUUUACCCCCCAUAUAAAUAUGCAUAAAUGAAUUAUAGUUUCCUUUCCCCGUACUGAGGGCUCCUAGUCAGCGCGUGAAAAAUAUUCGGAUUGUGUAUUGUCAUACAUUUGUCUUAGCUGUGAACCACAGAAUUGUAUCCAAUGGCAGAGGUUGAAUGAAAUACGGAGGUGAUGUUUGUUCUUCA